CCUGCUGCAGGCUCUCUGACGCUCUCAACCACUGCGAUACCCCUUCACAAUCUAGCACUCAGCGGAUAUCAUUAUCAUCAUUAUGAGCUUCGACUUGCGAGACCUACCUGACGGUUGGAUCCAAGAAAUGGACCCAGGCACGAAACAUCCGUUCUGGGUUGACACCAGGGCACAUCCAGCACGCUCUAUAUGGGUGCAUCCAUACGAAGACGAGCAGUUCUUGCGCGAGCAUCCCGACCUUCGCGACCGAAUCGCACACGGAGGACUUGCUCGCCCGAGCAGCGAAGCUCCUCCGGCAUAUUCGCCUCGACGGCAUUCUGUCUCUGGGUCGUCAAGACCCAGCCGUAGUAACAAUCUCGCCCCUCCCAAGACCGACGCGCGCCCCACCUCUCAGCCAGGGACACCGAGUGAGAAGGGAAUGUCCGGUCGUCACCACCAGGGAUUCUUCGACAAACUGAAGAGUGUGAGUAACGGCGUACCUUUUUCCGGGAUGAUAGAUCGCUGAAUGCACUUUUGCAGAAAAUGCACCAGUCACGACCUUCUUACGG